GCCAAGAUGAGACAUUGAACGGGUUUGGUGUGAUAACUUCUUCCUGAAGAAUGGAAACAAUGAAAACACCCCCGCACCAACUGGCAAACUGCUGAUUUGGACUUCAAUAAGGAAAAAACGACUGGAGGAGGAGGCCAUAUCCGUCAUCCUCGUGGGGCACUCAGUCUCCUUUCUUGGAUUACCCGUCAACCUCUGUAAGAUUAAACAUUUACAGUACCCGUGGGGGAUUCCAACACUCAUCUUUUGUUUCCCAUUAGGGAAAUCUAGGACUCCCAUUUCAGAUUCCCUCUCAUCUUCGAGGACUUCCCAAAUAUUUGUGAGAUCACUUUUCGUCCUGUAGGCCUAUCCUCCAGGAUUUACCCAUCAUCCUCAGCAGUGCGUGAAUAUGGAUGGGGCGGCGGAGGCGUUUGGUCAGCAGCUUUACAUGCAAGAUGCCGACGGACGCGCUUUUCUGGUGCUCAACCGGCACAACCGCAGCGUGACGCAGCCCUACGGUGGCCCGGAGGCAACGUUCGUGGAGCACCACAACGUCUUCAGUGCUAGAGGGGGACCCCCCAGGCGUCAUGGUUCCCACACCGACCUGAGAGGCGCUCCCCACCAAUACCACCAGGCCAGAGCGGGGCCGCCCCAGCGAGCUCCGUCCCCCCUGCUCAACUACCAGCUGCACCCGGAGCUGCUGAGGCCCUACCAACCCCACAGCAACCAACCGCACCUGGAGCACCAUCACGGCCCUCACACGCUACAGCCAUACACUGACCCAUACCCUCACCAACUCCCAUACUCACCUGCCCACCACCCCCACCAGCACCACCAUCUCCACCUCCAUCAACCUCCCCUCCCCUCCUCUCUGUCCGAGCCCAUGGACCUGACCCCACCCCCCUCCCCUGCAGCUGGCCAGUCCUACUCUCUGGUGGUGCGCAAGGCUCGGAUCCCGCUGCCGCUGGCCACCUUGCACCCACGAAACCUCACAGAGGUCAAAGGUCAUGCACAGUCACUGUCCCAUGAGGGCACCACCACCACCGCAGACGCCCCGCCCACCGACCCUCCUCAGGGCUCCCCGACCCAGACUACCCAGGAUGUGCAGGAGGCCCAUGCGAGCCACGCGGGGGCUCCGAUGGGUCAUGGCGAGGAGGGGGUGGCGGCACAGAGGCCCGGGAGGGUGGGGCACCGCAGCAGGAUGGGUAUUGACGAGAAGAGGCGGUCUCGCAGUGCAGAUAAUCUCCACGGCUCUUCAGAGGCGUUUGAGUCCAGGGAGGUCAGUGUAGACGCUGAAGGAGGAGCGGUGAGUGCACCGACAUCCCCUAAAAGGGAGGGGCCAGCAGCUAAGGGGGAGGAGCCAAGUACAGCCAAGAUUCCACUGAAGGUGGACAAGGCUGACAGACAGGUGACUCCAGACCUGCUGCGGGACCAGAGACAGAGACAGGCGUCUUCUAAAACACCGCCCGUCACCGAGGAGACAGCCAGACACGCCCUCUUCACCUACCUCAAACAUGGGACCACGGACUCUGUUGAGGUCAUCCAGAGAAAAGUAAAGAUGUUGUUGGAGAAAAUCCACUGGCUGAGGUCAUGCAGCGCAGAGGCACUGGAGGAGAAGGAGGAGCAGAGGAGGAGGAUGCAAGAAAGGGAGGAGAAAAUAAGGAGAAAGGAGAAGGAGGAGGAGAAGAGAAGGAGACAGGAGAAGGAGGGCCAGAGGAGGAGGCUGCAGGAGGAGCUGAGGAGAUGUGAGGAGGCGCAGCAGAAACUCCGACAGCAGCUCACACACAAGGAGAAGGACCUGCAGACAGCCUUGCAACAGCUGCAGCAGGUGAAGCAGGAUCGUGAGAAGUUUUGUUCUGAGAUCCGGGACCUGCAGGAGCAGCUGUCGAGCAUGCACGAUGAACUGGACCGCGUCACCCACGAGGACACAGGCGACAGGAGGGGCAUCAUGCAGGACCUGGUAAAACUGCGUCAGGAGUUUGAGGAGGUGCUGGUCUCCCAGGAGACUCAGGAGGAGGUGCUGAGGAGGAACGAGCGCGAGCUGACUGCCCUGAGAGGAGCGCUGGAGGAGGAGGUGGCCGCCCAUGCCGAGGAAGUCACCAACCUGAGGGAGGAGAAAGACCGAGAGAUGCAGCAGCUGCAACAGAGGCUGGCUCGGGAGACGCAGAGACCUCAGCAGGAGCAGGUGCUCUCAGCCAGGGUGCAGGAGCUGGAGGAGCGUGUGUCCCACCUCACACACCUCCUCCAGGAGGCACAGAGACGUGAGAAGCAACUCCAGGAACACACACACUCGCUAACGGAGGAGAAGGAGAAGCUGGAGUCUUGUCUAGAGGAGGUGAAGCAGCAGGAGGAGGCCCUGUGUAGAGCCAAUCAGGCCCUCACAAGACACCUGGAGGACACACAGAGCGAGCUGUCUAUGCUGCAGCAGGAGCAGCGGGAGCUGCGGAGGCGUCUGCAGGAGCAGGGGGGCGCGGCGGAGCAGCUGAGGAGGGAGAGGAGCAGCAUGGAGGAGCAGCGGCGGCAGCAGGACAGACUCAUGGAGCAGCUGCAGGAGGAGAUGCUGCGGGUGGUGCAGGAGGCCGAGCACUCCACCCAGCGUCUGCAGGAGCAGGUGGAGGCUGCGCGGGGGAGCAGUGAGGGGGAGCUGGGCCACCUCCUCGCCCAGCUGCACGAGCGCCAACAGGAGAUCCUCACCAGCACACAGCACAACCAGAGACUCCAUAAGGAGCUGAGCCAGCUGGAGGCGGAGCUGCAUCAUUGUGAGGCGGAGCUGGAGCGGGCGGGGCUUAAAAGCAGGAAGUUGGAGCAGCAGUUGGCAGAGCUGCAGCAGGACAAGAGAGGCAGCCAAGAGGACAGAGGCAGACUCACACGCCUACUGGAGGCGCGAGUGUCGCAGUUGGAGGCGGACCUACAGGAGGAACGGACCAAUGAGGAGCAGCUACUGCAGAGGCUGGAGCGUGGCAGAGAGCAGACGGAGCAGGCCAGAGCUGAGUUACUGCAGGAGAAGGCUGCUCGACAGGACCUGGAGUGUGACAAGAUCUCCCUGGAGAGGCAGAACCGGGACCUGCGUAGCCGCGUGAGUCACCUGGAGGGGGGGCAGAGGUCUGGGCAGGACGGCCUGGUGUCUCGCCUGGAGGGCCGCAUACAGGAGCUGGAGACCAGACUGGAGGGAGAGGAGAGGGAGAGUACAAAUCUGCAGCAGGCUAACCGUAAGUUGGAGAGGAAAUUGAAGGAAUUGAUGGUGCAAAUCGGCGAGGAGCAGCUCUCUCUCAAGGACCAACGGGACCAGCUGACGCUGCGUCUGAAGACCCUGAAGCGUCAGCUGGACGAGGCGGAGGGGGAGAUCGAGCGGCUGGAGGGCGGCAAGAGGAAGAUCCAGAGGGAGCUGGACGAACAGCUGGAGGCCAACCAGCAGCUCCACACACACAUCACCGAGCUCAGGGCAGACAUGAGUCGCAAACGGAGGGCGCCCCUCAUCACGACUCUGGAGGAUGAAGAGGAAGAGGAAGAGGAAGAAGCGGAGGAGGAGGAGAAAGAGCAGAAAGAAGAGGACAAAGAACAGGGAAAGUUGGACUGACCACUACAGCUAAUCUACCCAGAGCAGAAGUACUAUAUGAACCAUUAUGAAUGUCAGAGAGCAUGGAUGAAAUGAAAGAGGUGGGGGAGUUCAGAGAUGGGGGUGGCACCCAAUGUGUGAGGUCCUCUAAGUUGCUAUGCUACGUAAUGGAGCUUGAUGAUAGUAACAAAUCUCCCAUUCCACACUGCAACCACACACUUCUCCAACCACACACACUCCUCAACCCCCUAACCAACCCC